AUGCUGUUGAAUUCUAGUUUCGAAAAUUCACAGAAGAGGAAAUGUAAGCAAUACAUAAAUGAUGGUAAAUUUGCUAAUGGUUCUGAACUUGUCAGUAAAAGAAAAUAUGGUACUGAUAAUGCCAAAGAUCAAAAGAGAAAAUUAUCUUAUGGUUUCCCUACUCAAAAUGAUAGGGUAGAAUUUUGUGCUAUUUCUAGACAAGACUAUUCUCAUCUAAGUGACGUUGAAGAUUCCGCGAAGCGACCAAGCUAUCUUAUGAACGAAGUGACCUUUUAUAUUCAUGCUAGUGAUUUAAUGGAUAAUAAUAGUUAUUCUUAUGGUGUUGCGACAUCAAUCAAAGAGAAACUAAAAGAAGAAGACAUGGAAUUCGCGGAUUCUCGAAAUAAAUUUUUACCUUCUAGAGCUAACCAUCUUCCAAGACCAUUUAUUCCCGUUGGACCUAGGUUUCAAGCUGAAGUUCCUGAAUGGGAUGUCACAACUAACAUAAAACAAUAUAAUAGUGAUGAUUGUUUGAAGUGGUUAGGCACCCAAAUUUGGCCAAUGCCUUCUUUAUCUAAAAAUAAUGCAAAAAGUAUUGCAAAAGGUAGUCCCAACGAAAACUCAGGCGAGAACCUUGACUCAGUAGAUUGUGUUAAAAAACACAGUGAAGCUAAAGAGUGCUUAAAAUCGAAGGUUAAUGACACCUUCUCAAGUUGGGAAUUUGAUAUCAAGGAAGAUGUUUCAAAAUUGUGGACAAUGGAUGAUGAGAAGAAAUUUGAAUCUACUAUCAAGGGACGCAAAAUUUUGGAAGCUCACCAUGAAGUAUUUUCAAUCCAAAUCUAUUGA